AUGCGUUUCGUUCUUAUUGUUCUAUUUGCCUUGAUCUAUCGAAUCGAUGGACAUGGUCAACAUGGUGCCGGUGGUAAUCAAGCACACGGUACUCAACCGCAAGGUAAUCAACCGCAUGUUAACCGAAAAAUGGAAGAUUAUGUGCAUGAUAUGGAUCAUAUAAAACAUGAUCUCGAAGGACAAAUCAAUAAACCAAAAGAACAAAUGACACCUGAAGAGCAAAAUUUUUAUUAUUUUAAAUUGCAUGAUACUAAUAAUGAUAACCGUUUAGAUGGUUUAGAGGUUGUUGCUGCUUUCGAUCAUGUGCAUGAAGAAGAAACUAAUAAUAAUAAUAAUGCAACACAAGGACAACAACCACCUACGCCCCAUCAACGAAUGGCUGAUGAAGAACUUAUACGUCUUGUUGAUGAUAUACUUAAAGAAGAGGAUCGUGAUCGUGAUGGAUACAUAAGUUAUGAAGAAUUUAAACAAGCUAUUGAAGGCAACUCUCAUUAA